AUGGCGAGCAGCAUGGCGCUGCUACUGCUGCUCCUCCUGGCGGUGUCGGUCACGUCCACGACCGCUGAGGUGGACGAGAGGGAGCUGCACAUCGAACUAGCGUCCACAAUCGCUGAGCUGGUAAAGGCGGCGGUCACAAAAUUCGGAGAUUGCCCCGAGGCAGCCGUGCUGAGGGCCUCCGACGAGGCGGUGGCGGAUGGCGUGCACGGGAUAUCGCUGUCCCUCACCGUGAGUUACAUUCCCACGUACGACCAGAGCUCCAUCAGCACCGGCGGCUUCUACGCCAUGCAGCAAGGCAUCCACGUCGUCGUCUGCGCCGGCAACCGCGGCCCGGCUGCAUCCUCCAUCCUCAACGCCGAGCUAUAG